AUGUUGGAGGUUGUUGCUGCUACUCAAGGAGAGGAUGGGUACAAUAAAGACAAGGGGCCACCAAACGAUAUUAAUUCCAACUACUUCUCCCAAUAUAACAACAUCAACCCAACGAUUCAGUCGCCGUGGAACAUUGAGCAUCACCGGAGCGAGUCUUCUUGCAUAAAAGAACCACGCGGCCAAACUGGACAACAAGGGCAUGACGAGGGUGAAGCUGGCCCUAGGGUGAGAGCUGCUCGACCGGUUCCUCAACCACCCGCCGCUUCUCGCUUGGAAAACAUCCCCGAAGCUACGCCAACCCCGCGACCAAGCGGUUCUGAAGCUGACGAGGAGAGGGCCCUCUAUGAACAGAUCACAAUUGUGGCGUACAUGAUCCGCAUCAAUGUUUCCAAUGAAGUUGAAUGUCCGAAGUAUAGGAACAGCCUGACUGAGCGCUUGGUCAAGGCCGCUAAGCUUCCUGACGCUAGAACCUUUACAUUGUUGAUUGAAUCGGCUCUCUCAGUAAACCCUUAG